AUGGGAGGCUGGGCCACAGUAUGGAAUCGGGUCAGGCACAAGAGCUACAGCAGCUAUGUCGGCGUCCGGGGUGUGAAAAGCAUACCAUUCCAGUGCAAACAGGGGCCCCAGGCCGAUGGGAACUGCGCCGGAAAGGGAGGCUCUUGCACGCCCUAUCCCUUCUGGCCCAAUACACCGUUUUCGCAGCAGGAGCCAAGCUGGCAGGACUCUUCGCCCUACACCACCUACGCAUUCGUGCCUCACGCGGGCAAAGAGGAGCCUUCCUACCAAGCCUACCGAGCAGCGCAAAGUACCGAUGUGUGGAUAGUGCACGGCCAUGACCUCGCAGGUGCUCAGGCAACCGACUGCGGUGGCGAUGUGCAUUAUUUCGAGCACUUCGAAGAGCCGGGCAAUCCAGGGCAGUGCUCGAAAACCGACCCCUACCCAGCUCAAGACAAUCAGUGCUCCUUCGUCCACCCUGGCGUCCAGCAAACCUUCGGAAAGUACCAGUGCGGAUGGUGGAGAGGCUACCAAAGCGACAAGUGGUGGGAUGCAGGCCUUUACAUUGCUUGGGAUAACAUUGGCGUGGAUGCCGAGGGCGCGACAUCGGUGAAGCCCAUGGCUAUGGACUGGCUCCGGAACUGUGACAACUGCGAAGGCAAUGACGCCAGCCUACACACCUGGCGCAAGGUAAAGAGCCCACAAGGCCAGGCCCCAGUGGCCUUUUUCACUGGCGUCCUCUUCCCAUGGAUUUGCGCAUCUGUGCCAAAUGAGGGCCAGGCCACUUAUCCAUGGACGAGAGUGAGUGGGUGGAAGUGCUACUGCGACAAUGAGCCCUGGGGCGGCCGGGGUGGUAACAACAACGUCCCGAACCACAACAUGCAGCUGAUCUACUGCGCAAAAUGGCAGAACGAGAGGAAGAUACACUGUGACAUGAUUGUCUUCACCGGCUGCGGCGGCGCUCCCAGAAGUACAUGCUCCGGUGCUCACAUCCAAUAUCAGGAUUUUGAGCUGGACGAAGCCUCGUUCCCAUAA